GGACUUUAACCAUGCCCUCGUCAAUAUCCUUCACCUCUUUGAUUCGACACGACGACGGAUAUGGCGGGCGGCCUUGCUGAAUCGGAAGAUCUGGCGACACGAGAAGAUGAGUUCGCAGUCCUGGAGGUACCACAAGUCGUCAAGGUGCACUCGCAGAAAGUGAAGUCGUACUACGGUGGCUUUCUCUACGUCCGUCAUAUACCAACCGCUCGCACGCUUACGAUGUUGGCUGUCACUAUCUGGCGUUGGGCUCAUCUCGAAGCAUUGGGUCUCUUCAUCAACAACUGCGGAGGUCGGCUUGAACAUCUUCGUAUAGUCUUGGGAAUGUUAUAUCUGGACCCUGACCCUUUUCUUGAAGAAGAGCAAAAAGCCUGGGAAUUGAUCAAUUUAUCAUCUUGUUGCAAGCUCGAGACUUUAUUCUAUGCACCAUCGCUCGUUCGCCCAGAAGAUGAGAACGAUGGUUCGCCUUGCUGUGAAUCCCAUUGCAGUCUCCAUGGACUGGUAUCGGUUACAGGAGGCGUUACUACGAUCGGACCAUAUUUUGUCUCCGGGCUCUGUGAGCAUCCAUAUUGGAGAAAUUGCGAUUGAUGACGACAGUUUCCCUAUGGCUCGUCUCUACAAGAACUUACCUCUGUUGAUGGAGCGGGCCGUGCUGUAUGUAACACACUCUCGAUAUGACAUUAGUGUUAUGA